AUGGCUUACAGUCCCUGGGGCUUCCUUAGAGAGGAUCCCUCCUUGAGGCAGCCCCAGGUCUUCUCCCAGCCCUCCCCUUGGGCAUGGGUGGAUGUCUCCCAGCUCCAGGCUGCUGCCCCACUGCAUUCUGUGGCUGUGCGGUGCCAGGAGGAGCAGGUGGUGGUCACAGUCCACAGGGACCUCUUUGGCACGGGAUGCUUGGUCAGGGCUGCGGAGCUGACCCUGGGCUCAGCUGCCUGCUUGCCCGCGGCCUGGAAACCUGCUGAGACCACGGUGACCUUCAUGGUUGGGCUGCACGAGUGUGGCAGCACCCUCAGGGUGACCCCUGAUGCUCUUGUCUACAGCACGAGCUUGAAUUACAAUCCAGCUCUUACUGGCAACCCAGUUGUUGUCCGCACCAGCCCUGCUGUGGUUGCCAUUGAGUGCCAUUACCCAAGGAGGGACAAUGUGAGCAGCAACGGAGUCAAGCCCACAUGGGCGCCUUCCCACUCCACGCUGUCCUCUGAGGAGAAGCUGCCCUUCUCCCUGCGCCUCAUGAAUGAUGACUGGAGCACUGAGAGAGCCUCCACCAUAUUUCAGCUGGAAGAGGUCCUCCACUUCCAAGCCGGUGUCAACACAAAGAACCACGCACCUCUGAGGCUCCCUGUGGGCAACUGUGUGGCCACCCUGACCCCAGACAGGACCUCUUCUCCUCAGUAUGCUUUCAUUGACUUCAGUGGGUGCAUGGUGGAUGGGCAAUUGGAUGAUGCUAUCUCGACCUUUAUAUCCCUGAGACCCAGGCAAGAUGUGCUUCAGUUUGCAGUAGACGCAUUCAAGUUUGCAGGGUACUCUAGCAAUCUGAUCUACAUCACCUGCCACCUGAAGAUCUCCCUGGCUGACCAAGCUCCAGACCCUCUGAACAAGGCCUGCUCCUUCAACAAAGCCAACAACCUCUGGGUUCCUGUGGAAGGCACCCAGGAUGUCUGCUCCUGCUGUGACAUGAGGAGCUGUGACUUGGCCAGGCACUCCAGGAGACCCCAUGCUCCCACUCGAUGGCAAGGAGGAUGUGCCCGGAGAGAGCUGCCCUCCCAGCUUGAUCCCUUGGUGGAAGAAGCAGAUGUUGUGGUUGGCCCUCUCCUCAUCCACAGCUGGCAGGAUCGCUCAUUGUGGCAGGUCCUGGCUCUGGCCAUAACCACUUCCUUGCUUCUCCUUCCUAGGUCAUGUGUGGAUGAUAUUGGGGCUGGUUGA